CACAGCAGUCACCGUCGCCGUUCGCGUUUCCAAAGUAUAUUUUGGAUUCACCGCGCUCGCUCCCUCGGUGACGGAAUUAUUGAAUCGUAUCAUCCAGCCGCGCAUGUCGUCCAACACUAAUUACCAUCGCCGUAUUAUAUGCGUAUGUCUGUUUUUAUCACCGACUCAUGGUCGCGUACGAUAUGACAAAACACGAUAGAGACCAACAACGACGACGUCGCUGCGACACCAAAGACUUCGCGGUCUUCAUUUCGUCGACAAUCAAAAUCGCGACAGACACGCCCGCAGCGGUGUGCGCGGGGGCUGCAAUGCUGCAGCAGGCCGUACCGGAAGAACAGCGGAUUAUACUGUUAUAAGAUGUCGUACAGGCACAAGCGCGCUACACGAUUCGGCGACAACGUACAACAAUACACACGGUGUACUGCAGCAGCUACGUCACGGGGCUUUGAGUGAGUGCCGCCGCGGCUGUAGCGAUAAGACGUCCGGUCGGCCACCCGGUGAUGGGGCAUCACAAUCACAAUAUCACCGUCGAGUCGGCAACCAGCGCGUACGCACCACCACCGCCACCACCACCACCGCCUGCAGCACAGCCUCGUUCGUCACCGGCCAUCGCAACUCACCUGCGGGACGUGAUCGGCGCCACCGCUGUGGCCGGCUGCAACCUGCGGCACAACGCCAACGCCAACAGUAGCGGCGGCAUCGGCGUCCGCGGCGCCGGCAAUUGCACGGGCGCAACCGGUGCGGUGACAGCCGCGAUGCAGAACGGUACGGCCGCGCCGGACCGGUCGGCCAGCGACUAUUAUUACUAUUACGCGUACGACAACGCCACCGAGACGGCGCUGUUCUUCCCGCUCAACGGCUCAGCGGCCGGCGGACCGGCGGCACCGUUCCAGAAAUCCAACUGCCAGUGGAUACCCGCCCAGCAGAGCCUGUUCCAGUUCUCCAACAUAUGUUUCCUGACCGCUUUCAUCGUUCCUAGGAGUUACAAGCUCAGCGUGUUGUCACUGAGGGCACUCCUGUUUUUAGGGUUUUUGAUCUCGGGUCUUUGGGCAUCCACGGACGUGUGCGCGGCGGAUGCCUUACUCUGGUACGGACUACUGGCCUUGAUCAACGGUGUGCACACGCUUAAACUGUGUAAAAAGCUCAUGCCACCUGCGCUAUCAGUAGAAUUAAUGGAAUUGUAUUUGCGGGUGUUCAAGCCGCUCAAAGUCAGUCAAAAACAUUUCCGGGAGUUAACGCGAGAGGCGGCUAUUGAGGAAUUGUCGCCAGGCGAGUGUUACGCAGUCGAGGCGGUGACAGCCUGUGACCAACGGCUGUCUAUUCUACUCAGAGGCAGGUGUAGUGUUACUUGUGAAGGUACACAGUUGCACAAUAUCAGUUCGUAUCAAUUUAUCGAUUCACCUGAAUGGAUGGCUUCAGCUCUAAUGCACGGAGAAACUAUGUUUCAAGUAACAAUAACGGCUGCUGAAGAUUGUGUUUACUUGUGUUGGCAACUUUCAAAGCUCAAUCGAAUAUUUAAACACCGAACCCAAUUGCACGCUGUACUUACUAGCAUCAUAGGCAAAGACAUAACGCACAAAAUGUACUCGUUGAACGAGCAGCUUGGUCAAGCAAAAAGUUUCGAUGACCAGACGCGUGCUGCGCGUAACGAUCAUUGGCGACAAGCGAUUUACAGGAGCGUUAGCUACGACGCCGUCAACACGGGAACCAAAGGAACGGUCAGAUCGAAUGCUUGGAAACGAUAUAGAGACCGAAAGGCGUCGUUGUUCGCGGAUCCCGGAGAAAGUCCGGUGCAUGGUCCGCGGAGGUGUUGGAUACCGGUGUUGACCACGCAGCUUUCGGACAGCACCACGGCGUACGCCAGUAUGGACGGGCAAUCGUCUUCGGCGGACGAGGAACGCGAACCGAUGCUCCCUAGGGACCACCAGCCGGGCGACAUACCGCUGUAUCGGUUGGACGGGCAGCACCAGUCGGCCGCCGCGUUGGCGUUGAUACCGACGAUUGUGGCAGAGGCGGUCGGCCUGGAGCUCAGCGUGGACACUGCCCUGCAACGACCACGGCGGCCCGGCUCGUUGCGGCGGCACAGCAGCAACACGAUCAACAGGGAAGUGAUAUUCGACGAGACAGUACUCUAAACGGCGUACACACAUUUUUGUCAUUUUAGGGCUCGGGGAUUAUUGCGUUAUUGCAUUUGAGUGAUUUUUCUCUGUCUGUCCAUUUUACUGAUAAUUAAUAGUUACACGUUUGUUUUACGGCAAUAAGAAUUAAUUCGUGAUUUUUUAAUAAGCAAUUUUUUGGAUUUAUUAUUAUGGUUAUACCUAAACAUUGCAAUUUAUCACACAUUUUUCUGGCAUAUAUUUUUGAAUUUAUUAAUUGUGAUAAAAAAUAAAAUCUAAAAACACGGGUAGUUAACCUUAAUCUAAUAGUAUUAUUAUUAUUAGUGAUACCUAUUAUGAUAGAUUUUCAUAACAUGAAUUUAUUUAUUCAAAUGCAAAUAUGUGUCUUACUCUUUUUUCGUGGAGAAGCUUUAGUUUUUUUAGAAUGGGUACAAAAUAACCUCAAUAAUCAAAACUGGUAAGUUAGUCAUUCUUUUCAACUAUGUACUUUUAUAUAAGUAUAUCACCACUAAUAAAGUUAGAUAAGAUAUAAGUUGGUUUCUAAAAUUUCCCAGAUGUCUAUCUUAGUUAUAUGUAUUUUUUUUUUUGUUUCUUUUAAAAUAGAUAUAAAUUUGAUUCAUUAAACUGAAUAAACGGCAGUAGCAAUAAAUUUUGUUUGGCAGCAUUGUAUCGUCACCAAUUAACUAACUCCAUUAACUAAAAACUACUAAAAUAGAAUAAAUAUUAUUUAACUUACUAUUAUCAUAUUUAUUAUAACAAAUAUAAUACGAUAAGAAAUAUAACUAUUUUCACAAAAUACUAUCAACUAUAACAAAUUAUAAAUUAUAAAUUAUGAAUAAUUAACUAUCAGCUCUUAACAGUUACCUAUGGUAUGGGACAUUUGGAUUUUUACCGUGAAUACAAAAAUAACUAUCAAGCAUUCUAGCUAAUUACUCUUUGACAAUAAUUAAUGGAAAGACACAGCGCAUUCAAAACUCUUCGAAGAUUAACUAUCAUUAUAUUUCAAAACAACUGUUAUAAUUUUUGAUUUUUUCUUGUUUCCAACGCAAAAUAAUUUAUUUUAUUUUUCCGUAUUAUUCAUUUAUAAUAAAAACUACUGCCAGUUUCGUUUUGAGAAAGUAUCAUUAUAAUGAAAAAAAACCUGUGAUGCCUUAUUGCCUUGAUGGCAAAAACAUAAAUACAAAUAAACAAAAUAUUCAAUUGUCAUUUUUUCUACAAAAAUAUCCCCAAAUUAAAAGUCAUAUAUUAUUAUAACUUCCCGAGCCUUAUAAAUUACACAUUUACAUUACAUUAAUUUGACGGUUGCUGUUUUUAAUAAUAUUAAUGUAAUUUUACUAAAUGCAUGUAGAUAAUUAUUUAUUGUUCUCGUAAGCCUAAGAAUAUUGUUACCUGUCUUAAGUAACUUAACUGCAGAUUCUAAAGUUAAGAUAUGCUAUAUAAUAUAAAGUAUAUAGUUACUAUAAUACUGUUGACACCAGUUACUGCUAUUACAUUAAUAAAUAAUAAUGAAUACAUAACAUAUAAUAUCACGAUAUUAUUUUUAUUAUUGACGAGUAGAAAGAAGUAAUGUAACUUGUAAAAUAGGUAAUGAUUAAAACGAAAAAAGUAAUUAAUUUAUUAAUUAUGAUGGUGCAAUUUAAUAAGUACGCCCAAUUGAAAACAUACUUAUUUUUUUUUUUUAUAAUCUACAACUUUUUAUACUGUGAUGUAGCCAAUGGUUUUUAUUUUCGUAAUUCUGAAAUUCAGAACAAAUUAUGUUCCUAAAUAAUUAUUUAACUUGUACAAAGUUAAGAAAAUGAAUGAUAUUUUCAAAUCAAAUACCUGCAAUUGGUUAUAUUUUUUAUUUUACCAAAUGCCUGGCUAUCGCGCAAUUUUCAAACGAAUGUAAAGUCUUACUAAAUGUCAACGAAUUACUUAUGAGAUUUACAACUGAUAAUGAUUCAACUAUAAUAAGAAUUUUGAUAUUUAGACUAAUUAAGUAAAAAUAAUAAUAAUUGUAAGAUAAUGGUAAAAUAUUGUGCACAGUGCACACUAAUCCAAAUCAAUACAUUAUAAGAUUAAAAAUAAUAAUCACUUACAAUAAAUUAUUGCAUUUUGUAUGUAAAUAGAAACAAUAGAAACAAUAGACUUACCUUUUCUUAUUUUUUAUUGAUACCAUGCAUACAAAGCUGAUCAGUUAAAUGCAAGACAAUCGCAACAAAUGGACUUCCCCCCUAUUUACAAGUUGUUGGCGAUAAUAUUUUAUUUUUAAAUUUAAUAUUUAAUGUUUUUACAAACUGUGUUUUACUUAAAAUUAAAUAUUUUGAUGACUAAUCCAUAAACUACUAGCGCCAAGCGCUUAUAAAUUAUAUUUCAAUGUUUUUGAUAAUAUUUAGAUAUAAAACAAAAAU